CUUCCCUUUGCCACGGGCACCAGCACGUCCUGUUUUCGCUGGCCGUUUUCGGAUGGCCGCCGCUGCUGUAGCUGCUGGUUCCCCAUAGUGCUGGUUCUCGUCCGGCUAGCCGAGGGCGGCGCGGCCUCCUCCUUUGUCCGGUCCUUCUGCGCGUUGUCCCAAAGGGCGCCGCUUUUCCCUCGGCGGGCAGCAUGGGCCGGGAGUCACGCCACUAUCGGAAGCGAUCAGCAUCAAGGGGGCGCUCUGGAAGUCGUUCUAGAAGUCGCUCACCCUCAGACAAAAGAAGUAAACGUGGAGAUGACAGACGGUCUAGAAGCAGAGAUAGAGACAGAAGAAGAGAGAGGUCUCGUAGCAGGGAUAAAAGAAGAUCUCGGUCAAGAGACCGGAAGCGCCUGAGGCGUUCCAGAAGUAGAGAGAGAGACAGAAGUCGAGAACGAAGAAGAUCUCGAAGUCGAGACAGGAGACGCUCAAGGAGUAGAAGCCGAGGCCGGCGAUCCAGAUCCUCUAGUCCUGGCAAUAAAAGCAAGAAAGCUGAGAAUAGGUCUAGGUCCAAAGAAAAAACAGAUAGUGGGGAAAGUUCUAAAGAGAAGAAAAAAGACAAAGAUGACAAGGAGGAUGAAAAAGAAAAAGAUGCUGGCAACUUUGAUCAGAAUAAGCUGGAAGAAGAAAUGAGAAAGCGAAAAGAAAGAGUAGAAAAAUGGCGAGAAGAGCAGCGUAAAAAGGCCAUGGAAAACAUAGGGGAACUGAAAAAGGAAAUUGAAGAGAUGAAACAAGGGAAAAAAUGGAGUUUAGAAGAUGAUGAUGAUGAUGAAGAUGAUCCUGCAGAGGCUGAAAAGGAAGGAAAUGAAAUGGAGGGUGAGGAGUUAGAUCCAUUAGAUGCUUACAUGGAAGAAGUAAAAGAGGAAGUAAAGAAGUUUAAUAUGAGAAGUGUGAAAGGUGGUGGGGGAAAUGAAAAGAAGUCUGGGCCAACGGUAACAAAAGUUGUCACUGUUGUGACAACCAAAAAAGCAGUGGUAGAUUCUGAUAAGAAGAAAGGUGAGCUGAUGGAGAAUGACCAGGAUGCCAUGGAGUAUUCUUCAGAGGAGGAAGAGGUUGAUCUUCAGACAGCUCUUACAGGCUAUCAAACAAAACAGAGAAAGCUUCUAGAACCAGUGGACCAUGGAAAAAUUGAAUAUGAACCAUUCAGAAAAAACUUUUAUGUUGAAGUUCCAGAAUUAGCAAAAAUGUCGCAAGAAGAGGUAAAUGUAUUUCGGUUGGAAAUGGAGGGCAUUACUGUCAAGGGAAAAGGUUGCCCCAAACCAAUUAAAUCUUGGGUCCAGUGUGGAAUUUCCAUGAAGAUCUUAAAUUCUCUCAAAAAGCAUGGCUAUGAAAAGCCCACGCCAAUCCAAACCCAGGCGAUUCCUGCUAUAAUGUCUGGACGAGAUUUGAUUGGUAUUGCCAAGACAGGAAGCGGAAAGACCAUUGCUUUUCUGUUACCCAUGUUUAGACACAUCAUGGAUCAGAGGUCAUUAGAAGAAGGAGAGGGGCCAAUAGCUGUCAUCAUGACUCCAACUCGAGAACUGGCUUUACAGAUUACUAAAGAAUGUAAGAAGUUUUCAAAGACCCUGGGACUUAGAGUGGUGUGUGUUUAUGGAGGAACAGGAAUCAGUGAGCAGAUUGCUGAGCUGAAAAGAGGUGCUGAAAUUAUUGUUUGCACACCUGGUCGAAUGAUUGACAUGUUAGCAGCUAACAGUGGUCGGGUCACAAAUCUUCGAAGAGUGACAUAUGUUGUUUUAGAUGAAGCAGACAGAAUGUUUGACAUGGGUUUUGAACCACAGGUCAUGCGCAUUGUGGAUAAUGUCCGACCUGAUCGACAGACAGUUAUGUUUUCAGCUACCUUUCCCAGAGCUAUGGAGGCUUUGGCUCGCAGAAUCCUGAGUAAACCCAUUGAAGUGCAGGUUGGAGGCAGGAGUGUGGUUUGCUCAGAUGUGGAACAACAAGUGAUUGUGAUUGAAGAAGAAAAGAAGUUUUUGAAGUUACUUGAGCUUCUUGGCCAUUAUCAAGAAUCGGGAUCUGUCAUUAUAUUUGUGGAUAAGCAGGAACAUGCAGAUGGUCUUCUGAAAGAUUUAAUGAGAGCAUCUUAUCCUUGCAUGUCUCUUCAUGGAGGUAUUGAUCAGUAUGACAGAGAUAGCAUCAUAAAUGACUUUAAGAAUGGGACCUGCAAACUUCUCGUAGCUACUUCUGUUGCUGCCCGAGGUCUAGAUGUAAAACAUCUGAUUCUUGUGGUAAAUUACAGCUGCCCCAACCAUUAUGAGGAUUAUGUGCACAGAGCAGGACGGACUGGAAGAGCAGGCAAUAAAGGUUAUGCGUAUACUUUUAUCACAGAAGAUCAAGCUCGCUAUGCCGGUGACAUAAUUAAAGCUCUUGAAUUGUCAGGAACUGCAGUGCCUCCUGAUCUGGAGAAACUUUGGAGUGAUUUCAAAGAUCAGCAGAAAGCUGAAGGGAAAAUAAUUAAAAAGAGUAGUGGGUUCUCUGGUAAGGGAUUCAAGUUUGAUGAAACAGAACAAGCUUUGGCAAAUGAGAGGAAGAAGUUGCAAAAAGCGGCUCUCGGUCUGCAAGAUUCGGAUGAUGAGGAUGCUGCAGUUGACAUUGAUGAACAAAUUGAAAGUAUGUUUAAUUCAAAGAAGAGAGUUAAAGAUAUGGCUGCUCCUGGAACAUCUAGUGUUCCCGCUCCAACUGCAGGAAAUGCUGAGAAAUUAGAAAUUGCUAAGAGAUUGGCUCUUAGAAUCAAUGCUCAGAAGAAUCUGGGAAUUGAGUCUCAGGUAGAUGUGAUGCAACAGGCCACCAAUGCAAUUCUCAGAGGUGGCACCAUUCUGGCUCCCACUGUGUCUGCCAAAACCAUUGCAGAGCAACUUGCUGAAAAGAUCAAUGCCAAGCUCAAUUAUGUGCCUUUGGAGAAACAAGAGGAAGAGAGACAGGAUGGUGGACAGAAUGAAUCUUUUAAGAGAUAUGAGGAAGAAUUAGAGAUCAAUGACUUCCCACAGACUGCUAGGUGGAAAGUUACCUCUAAGGAAGCUCUGCAGAGAAUCAGUGAAUAUUCCGAAGCUGCAAUUACAAUCAGAGGAACAUAUUUCCCACCUGGCAAAGAACCUAAGGAAGGAGAGCGGAAAAUUUACUUGGCAAUUGAAAGUGCCAACGAACUGGCUGUGCAGAAAGCAAAAGCAGAAAUCACCAGGCUUAUAAAAGAAGAACUGAUUCGGCUGCAAAAUUCAUACCAACCAACAAAUAAAGGAAGAUACAAAGUCCUAUAAAACAUCUGGAAGAAACUUUUUACUUGUGCUGGUCUGUGACACAUGUGGCAGUUGUUGUCUCGUUUACAAUGUAUUGUAAAUUAAGAUUUUUAAAAUUGUCUUGCUGAUUUUUUUUAAAUAUAUGGAACCAGUAUUUGCUAAAGAAAUCUUUCAGUAAGCAACACCAGAAUUAUCAAACUGUAUUUAAAGCAGGCCUGUUUUCAGCAUAUGAUGUCCUUUAAUGUAAACUUUAAAUAUCAAUAUUUUAAAUACCUGGAUAAUAUCCCAGAAGUUUAAAAAAAAUGGAAAUAUUUGGACUUUCUAUUGACAGUAAUAAAGUAUACAAGUCACUAAGGGGCUUUUCACCUUAUCCUCUUGAAAUGAAAUUGUGAUCAUCUCCUCAAACAAAGGUAAAAUUCUCUAAUUUUGUGUCCUCUCCCCACCCCCCUUGAACUUAAAUCUUACUUGACUCAGUGGAACAAUAUGAACUGGACUUAAGAAUGUUAUAAUAGAAUUUUUACAAAAUGUUCCAGUUUUUGUUUCAAUUUUUAUCAUCAUAAAUGGGCAAUAGUUGGACUGCUUUUUGAUUUUGUAAAAUUAAAGAUUUGUAGUUUAAGA